AUGAAUGCACAGCGCUGCUGUGGCGUAUUUGUGCCGUGGUCUGACAUGGACUCAUCGCGUUUUAUUCGCGCAUAUGUCAUUUUAUGGAUCCAUAUUGUGCUUAGCGAAGCGUUAGCACGAAUCGCUCAGAAGACGAUUACACCGUUAAAAACCAAAAAAUAUAAAUGCAUCGAAAUUGAAAAUGAUGAAGAUAAUAAGGAUAACAAAAUGGAUAGGAACGAUGAAAACCAAGACAAAUUAUGGCAAUCGUUAGAUACCAAAGAUAUAUUCAAAGAAGAAAGCCCUUUUCAUCAAACUGUACCAUUUAACAAAGCCUUACCAGAGAGAACAACAAUUCAAGUUCAAUAUUUGGCGAAAUUAUACGGUGUAAAAGAUGUGGAAAGCUGGGUAUAUAAACACUGCGAUUUGGCUCGUCUGUAUUUGCCAAAUGCAUCUUGUCAUGAUAUUCACGCUCUUAUCAAAUCAUGUAAUAUACCCAAACAGUAA